AUGACAUCAGCCUUUGAGAGAAAGAUCAAGAGUGUGCUCAAGGAGGUGGGCAACAGCAGAGGAGAUCUCAUUCCAGUGGACUAUGUUCCAAAUUCAAUCAGCUUAAAGCCUUACAGCCUCCUGAGCAGGAAACUAUCAAGCUCAUGGUUCUGGAAACCCCAUUAUACAUUUGUUGACCUGUCAAUCAAGGACAUCCUGGAACCCAGUGCUCCAGAACCAGAACCUGAGUGUGUUGGUCCCUUGCAAGUCUCUGACGAUGUCGAUGAGGAUACUCAGGGCAGUGUGGCUGUGGAGUCACCCAUAGGAAAAGAGAUAAUUUCUGUUGAGGCUACAAUGUCUGCCAGUUCCAGUGCCUCCAUGAGUAUGUAUAUGCUGCGUGUGAAUCCAAAGACCUGGGAUAUCAUGAAGAGUGAAAGGAACCUGCAGCAGCCUGAGAAUAUACUCCUACAACAGCUUCGGGGUCGUGGGGAUGAUGUGUUUGUCAUCACCGAGGUGCUCAAGACAAAGGAGGAGGUGAAGAUCAAGCAGUCGCACAGCCAGGAGGGCUCAGGCAAGAUUACACUGCCUCAACUCACAUUCUUUCGGGUUAAAGGCAGGGGCCACCAAAGGCAGAAGAAGAUGGUGACCCUUCCUCCAGGCAGCGUCCUUGCAUUUCGAGUGGCCAAACUGCUCAUUGGCUCUACAUGGGGUAUCCUUCUCAUCCCGGAUGAGAAAAAGAGGACCUUUGAGUCCUCCUCAGUCAACAGAAGUGUAGUGGACCAGAAGCGCCAUAGAUUUGAUCUGUUCGGUGCACUACAUCGCCGCUACCCGUUUGCGAGGAUCACAGGCAGGACAGGUGGAAUCCCUGAGGAAGAAGAAUUCAGGGAAGACUUCCAAGGCCUGUCUGCAGAGGUGAAGGCUGGCUCCGUAGAACUUGGGAGAUUAAAUAUGGAGUUGAAACAACAGCUACUAGUGGAGAUCAGGAGGAUUCUACAGGACCAGACCAGCCUGGAAGCCUUAGAGGCCUCACUAGGGCAGGGUCUGUGCAGUGGAGGGAAGGUGGAGCCUCUUGAGGGCCCAGCAGGCUGCAUCCUUAAGUGUCUGAUUCUCGAUUCUGGAGAGCUGGUGAUGAAACUCGCAGCCCCUAUCUUCUACCUGUUGGGAGCACUGAAUGUGCUGAGUGAAACUCAGCUGCAGCUGCUGGCUAAUGCUCUGGAGACAACAGUACUGUCAAAGCAGCUGGAGUUGGUGGAACACAUCUUGAAAAAGAGCACCCCAUGGAAGGAGCUGAUGUCUGUGUCCCUGCCUGCUGGCCUCCUUGGGGACAGCUGGGAUGAGGAGGCUCCCACCUGGGUCUUGCUAGAAGAAUGUGGCCUAAGGCUGCAGGUGGAACCCCCCCAGGUGCACUGGGAACCGAUCUCUCAGGGCCCCACAUGUGCUCUCUAUGCCUCCCUGGCCCUAUUGUCUAGUCUAGGCCAGGAACCUCAUUAG